UCUCUUCAAACAGCUCUGAAUAGUCUCCGUCGAAUCAAAUCGAGCCAAUUGGCAAUCUCCGCCCGCGACUGAACACGCAAAAAGCAGCUUCACGACCUGGACGACAAUGAUAUAGUCCGAGCAAGAUCAAUUGAAUACCUACGCGCCCGUCGCCAUUCGAUCCCUUCGCGACCGGGCCGCAAUGCCGCCGUCACGACCAACCGUCCGAUGCUGCCGCGCCGUCCAGCAACAGCUUCAAGCUUCGCCCGACAACGUAUGGAUCACGGAUGGUCUAUUGGCGAGCGCCUUUGAGCGCUACUGCCACGUAUCACGCCUCACGAGACGGAAAUCGAGCUCUGUGCCCGGCCCGCUGGAGAAUCGACGAAGACUGGGCAAGAGGAGGAUGGCAGAGAUGCACAUGGACGGACACUCGACCCUACCUCCCUGGGCCAUUGAGUUCCCGGUCGAUCUGAGUCAAUGGAAGUGGCAACCGCCAACACUUCGUACCUCAAAGGAUCAGAGGGAUGAUCUACAAAGCCGGCAAAGUCAAUCUCUGCUAUCUCGCGUUUACAGAUGGUCGGUAUCAGAACAACAGAUGAAAGAGGAGGAAGUUGACCGGAACGGCAUUGAGAAUGCGCCAGCCUCCACAUUUGACGAUCGGCUGUCUCAAGCCCGAGCCGCCGUUGCGGCAUCGACACGGAACGCGAUCGACUCGGGUUAUUACGACUUUAUCGAGGGGCUUCAAAAGGAACUGAAAUUGGGUGCCCUCGAUCCCAGAGCCGUGGACCUGGCUGUUUCGAAAUUCCCCGAGUCUUUGACCGGGACAAGCGCUGACGGCGAGACGGUCAGCACAGCCAUUGAGCUGUUUCUUUCGGCCGUUGUCAACGGAAUCGCAUCUUCCAAAGUUUUGGGCCCGUCAGAGUUUGAUGCGAGCUUUUGGAAUCUUGUGCUGAAUCGGACGUCUCAGCUGCGGGCCAAUGACGCGACGAUUCUCUUAUUCCAGACUACGCUCGAUGCGGUCCCUCGCCCAUACCUGAACGAUGUCCACGAGGGCAUCAUUGCGGCAGUGCAAACGCUAGCCGUGUCUCAGUCGACAGGGCGCAGACGGGCCGCGGACAUUGGCGUUGCGCUCCGCGAAUUGUCAUCCAACAACCACGGUGCGCUUCUCGAGGGGAUUGAACUUGCAGUCUACCAAGGUUCGGCAGUCUUUGAGGAGGAAGCCCGUCAAAAGCUUCACUUCCUUUGGCUGCAGGUCUUGGCACACAUGCCGCGGGUCGACUCCGUCUAUCUUUUUGACGCUUGCGUCAGGUCCAAAUACUUUGACCGCGAGCUACCCUGGCACGACGACCGAGAUCUCAGCCAGCUCGUCCUCCAGCAAUGGACUAGCCGUGGGUACCUGGGCGACUACGAGGCUGUCACAGCAUUCUGGGACCGUGAAUCGUCCAGACAUGCGAGUUCGAGCCUCGCUGCCCUGGUAGCCGGCAUUUGCGAAAUUGAGCACGAUAAACCAAAACAUCUGAGGAGGGAACAUGUCUGGCUGAUCAAAAACCUCAUGAAGCUGCUGAGUCGCUUCGGCCGCCAGGACCAGCUCGUUGUCUCGAUGCAACGCUUCGCGGAGACCAGGGAUUCGAUACCUGUCAUGCCGUUCAUGCGAGUCGCUUCAGCCAGCCACGACUACAAGACGGCUCUCAAGCUAAGGUCGAUUUUACUCUCACACGAGAAGAAGCUGGAGAGCCGAAUCGAGUCACGGUGGCAUUGGACGGCUUGGGUGCCGUACAUCAAGUCCAUGAUCAGAGACAAAUCGGUAACAUCCCGGGACAUCUGGUGGGCGGUCCACUGCGGAGACGGCAAGCUGAAGCGGUACGAAGCGAAACGGCACGAGCUCUGGAUUAGGAGGAAAGCUCUCAUGGAAGACAUGACAAUGUGGUUCGCGAGCUCGACGAACCGAUCGGAGAGGAGCACGUUCCGAGACAUGUCCAGGUGCAUCAGCUGGCUCCGGAACAACAAGGUGCCGCUCAGCAACCGCUCGAUGGCGGCCAUCGCCAAGGUGGCCACGCGGGAGCUCAAGAGGGGCGAGUUCGGGCGGACGCAACGCCUGCUCUGGUUGCUGGAUGUUAUAGGACAGUCCAAGGGACCCGAGCAGAGGGCUCUCGUCGCCCGGGUGCUGCAACGGUGGAGGCAUGCCAAUUCCGAACUAGAGAGGAAGAGGUGCCGUGAGGCUGAACGGGUGCCGGACGCUGAGCGGAUCAGAGCGGCGAUUAUGGCCCCGGAAAGGAGCAAGUGGUAGUAGAUAGUUGGGUGGUUUCUGAGAGAAUACACAACACCCACAUUCACAUAUAUUCGAUUACACCUCGAGCACAUAAAAAGUCAUUCGGACCCAGCCAUAAAGACGUGAAAGGGGGAAAGACGAUGUGUAGUGUGCCCGUGGUACUCCAGGGCGAUCAUGGUGGGCGAGUGAGUAGUGAGACAGGAAGGUAAGCAGGUAGGUAAGGAACCUACGCAUCUACAAUCAGCAAAGAAGCGAUACGGCCCAGCGCGAUUGGAAUUCUGCAAUGGGAUGGGAGAGACAGGGUCCCUUGUUUCGUAAUCGCGCGGGAAGCUGAUUCGGUUCGUUCAAAGCUUCGCCACGAGGGAAAGGAAAAAAAAAAUACAUCAUCUGCAGCGAGCCGCAGCACGACAACGCUGGAAUGUUGAAAGGCCAACGC